CAGAUUUGAACUGAACGGCUUUAAUUAGAAUUCAACUCAAAAGUUGCCUUCAAACCACAUACCGGGAAGAAAAUAAACACGUUAUUUGCCGGCCUAGGUAGGUUCGUAUUGGGAAAAACUGCGCCAGAGGUCAUGAGUACGGUCCGAUUGUGGCCUCGGGCCGUUCUCAAGACUAGCUUGGGCACAGUUCUUCACCAUAUGGGCUUCCCAGCCGGCAAAUAACAUAUCUUUAGUUUAUUAUUCUCCUGUUGGGAGGGCUUCCUCCCACGCCGCAAGAUUGCGUAAGAGUUUUUGUACAUACGAACGAGGUUGAUUUGUUUCCUGAAAGAUGGCAGGUUGUGAUAUUUCUGUGCAACCCUCAUCUUCACUCAUAGACGACAAAGUUAGAAUCAUUGCAUCUGGACUUCAACCAAAACAGAAUAUUACGCUUGAGGCAAGGAUUGUUGGUGACAAAGGUGAAGUGUUUGAGUCACACGCUCACUUUAUCGCUGAUAAAGAUGGCAAGGUUGAUGUUUGCCGUGACUCGUCUUUGGGAGGAUCUUACAACGGAGUUUCACCCAUGGGAUUGUUAUGGAGCAUGAAACUAGCACCGGGACAGAGAAAAGGAACUCGACUGAUGAAAUCAGAUGUUACCAAACCGUACAACAUCGUCUUGAACUGUUUUGAUGACCAUGUAACUGCAAGCGAAUCUUCGCUGAAGCCUUUGUCAAGCGUGACAUUUCAGAAGUGGUACAUGGCCGAAGGAGUAAAAAGAAUUCCAGUGAGAGAAGGAAGAAUCCGUGGGGCACUUUUCAUUCCCCCGGGAGAUGGACCUUUCCCUGGUGUGAUAGAGAUGCUGGGUGGCGCUGGAGGACUUGUGGAAUUCAAGGCUUCCCUUCUGGCAUCUCAUGGGUUUGCAGCUCUUGCAUUAGCCUACUUUGCUUAUGAUGAUCUUCCUGACAACCAUUCGUCUCUUGACAUGGAGUACUUUGAAGAGGCGGCUAACUGGCUCAGCAAUCAUCCUAAAGUCUUGCCGCAUGGUAUUGGCGUUCAUGCCAUUUGCUUUGGAUCAUGGAUUGCUUUAUUAAUGGCAAGUCUAAGAAUGAAUGCCAUCAAGACUGUUGUGGCUAUUUCACCUAUUGUAGUUGCUUGGUGUACACCUUUUUACUACAAGGGGAACUACUCAGAUGUAAUUCCUCUUGAAAAUACCAAAAAAAUAAGGACGGAAGAUGGCCGUGUCUGGCGUCAUUCUUUUUCAACAGUCACGGAUUGCAAACCCCAAGUUUCUAAAUACCCUGCCAUCACACCAGUCGAGAAUAUUUCCUGCCCUGUUCUGGUAGUCUUUGGAACGGGUGACCUCAAUGUUAAUUCUGACUUUGCUACAGAACUGAUUUUUGAUCGCUUGAAAGCCCAUGGCAAGGAACAUUUGUGUUCUAUUUUGCGUUAUCCUGAGGCAGGACAUCUCAUUGAGCCGCCGUACACUCCACACUGCUAUGCAUCAUUCUCUGGCAUUACUGCGGAAUGGACUGGUGAUGACUAUCUAGUGUGGGGAGGGGAGAUGAAUGCUCACACUAAAGCACAAGAGGACGCCUGGCCAAAGAUCUUAAGUUUUCUACGAAGAAAUCUUCAGCACUCCAGUCGUUUGUAGUGUACAGCUCAGCUUACAGAGUAAAUUGACUGCUGGCCUCUGCCUGGUUGCAAGCUUUUUUGGCAGCUCUCAGAGGUUGCUUACAGGCUAAUUUAAUGUGUAGCACAUUGUUUAAGAGACAUUGCCAUCAGCAGUUUUGGGUGGGGGUGGGGGUUAUGCUGGCAGAUACCUAAUAUUUUCAAAGCACAGUGAUUAGUGGGCCAAUACAAUGUUCAGCUUGUGUUAGCUUGCUUUUCCCUUGCUUUUGUAGCUAAUCAGCAGCAAAACUAGGAGCACUUGUGUCUCCGAUACAUCAUUUUGCUAAUGCUAGCUCCAGUCCAUUGUGGGGGCAAAAUUUGAUCUAUUUCAUGAAUUAAUAAGGCCAUUUUUGGCUGAGUGAUCACUUCUUGCCUCCACAAGGGAAUGGAACUAGGAAGUAUUUGCAUUAGCAAAAUGGCGUCUUUGUGAUGCAAUGCAUGGGAAGGAAAAAUCUGGCUACAGACUGUGAUCAAAUGAUGGUAUGCUUCUAUUAGCAUCCGGAGGAAAAACCAAAAAUGCUUUAGGAGAUCAGGCAUUUGUGGUAGCAGUACCAAGGAUACGGAAUGGACUGACAUUAGAGGUUAGAAAUGAAGCAAAUAUCAAUCAGUUUAAACAGCUUUAAAGGCAUAAUACUUUAGGUUAGCUUUUAAUUGAUAUCAAAUUAGAUUUUUAAUGUAUUUGUAUUGAAUUUUUAUCUAUAUUUAAUGUUUUGUAUUUCUUAGCAACCAUUGUAAAUUUUUAUCUUUUAGGAUUAGUUAUAAUUUUUAUGAUGUAAAGCAUACUUGAUCAUUUCAUGGAAAUUUGCGCAAUAAAAAUUCUUAAUAUUAUAUAAUAUAAUUGAUUGUGUUAGCCAUUGUAUUUUCUAUGGCAUGGUAUAAAAUAAUUACAGAAGCAUAUGCAACGCUUUCUCUUGGUGUACAUAGAGGGUGCGUUCCCGUUUGGGGUGAUCUGGAUCUGGAUUAGUGAUCUACGAUCAGUGUGAUCUAAGAUGACUACCGAGAUCAUGGUACAUCAAAGGACCUUAUCAAUCCACUCCGGUUACAGAUUCAUCGGUUCCUUUGACGCAUUGUGAUCUGGGUAAUAUUGAGCACUGAUCUUGAUCCAGAUCAUCCCAAAGGAACGCACCCAAAAUUUCCCAUUUGUCAUUGCAUAUCGAGAAAAUACAAGUGAGCUAUGUUUUUCUAGUAUUAAAGUAGUUAGAUGAACAUUGCGAUUUUCCAACUUUU